GUAAGGUUAACAACCUUGACAACUUGACAUUAUUCGGUCCAAUUUGGUCAUACAUACCUAAAUCGAAAAAUACAAAUUAAAAAUUAAAUAAAGUAAUAACCAUAGUUUCAAAAUGAGUAAAGUAUUCACAGCAGACGAAGUUAAACGGCAUAAUACAAGAAAGAGUGUGUGGAUGGUAAUCCGUAAUGAAGUGUACGACGUGACUUCAUUUGUUGACGAGCAUCCAGGUGGAGAGGAUCCCAUGUUGGAUGCAGCAGGGCAGGAUGCAACGAUAGCAUUUGAAGAUAUAGGCCACAGUGAAGAUGCCAAAGCAAUGUUGAAAAAAUAUAAAAUUGGAAGCCUAGCACCGGGAGAAGGAUGCAGCAGUUCUCGGUUGAAGUAUGCCUUGUUGGCGUUGGGUGUAGCUGUCCUUCUUGGAAUUGCAUACAAGAAAUACGCGUCAAGCUAAAAUAUGAAACACAACACACACAGUAGAGGUCCAAAAAUCUGGUUAAAUCCAGUCCAGGUCUAGUGUAAGUCUAAGUUGAACCAAUCGGGACUGUGUCUCAAUUGUCAAGGCCACUGAGGAAUAUCCCCCUUAUUUCAACGUCUAUUUAAAUCGUC